GACCAGGAAGUGCGAACCCAGACUGGGAAGGAGGACCGGAGCGGGACCGGCGAUCUUGGGAAGGUGAUAGGGCAUCUGGCCUCCCAAAUUCCCUUCUCUCUUCUUAGCUGGGCCAGUGAUCCAUUUAUACCUGAGAACUAGGAACUCCAUUUGCCCUUCCUUUGGCUUGAGCUAACAUCCGGACAUGUGGAAUCCUAAUGCUGGGCCAAAUACAUAUCCACCCCAAGUUGUGUGCCCAGGAGGUUCCAAUCCUGCUUGUCCACCACCUCUCAAUCCUGCCUUCCCCCCUGGCCCCUGUCCUCCUGGAAUUCCCCAGGGACAUCCAGCUUUCCCUCCCUGCCGCCCCCCUUAUCCUGUACCACAACCAGGGUGUCCAGGAUACCAACCCUCAGGUCCCUACCCUCCCCCUGCUCCCGGCAUGUGCCCCAUGAAUCCAUCUACUCCUGGCAUGAUGGGCCCAGGAAUAGUGAUAGACAAGAAGACUCGGAAGAAAAUGAAGAAAGCUCAUAAGAAGUUGCACAAGCAUCACAAGCACGGGAAGAACUCCUCUUCCUCCUCCUCUUCUUCCAGCAGUGACUCUGACUGAAUGCAGGGCCUGAAGCCUCCCCUCAAGCCUCACCAGCUCCACUCUCCCACCAAGCUUCAGCUGUCAUCUUGUACGGAGGGGAAUUAGCCCUCUGUGCCCCUGCCUCACUCCUACCUGUGCCUCCCCCUGCUGUUCAGUCCUGGUUGUCUAGGGAGAAUGGGAAGAUGGUUGCCAAGGUCUAGCAAAAGCCGCCCUCUCCCUGCUUGGUAAUAUUGUAGCUGAUGAGGUCAGUCGGGGAACUAUCUUUUGAAGAUGGUGAGACCUCUCAGCUAAACCCGGGAGUGCCAUUUUAAGAUUUGCACUAUGUGAUUCCCCCCCCCCCCCCCCCCCCCCCGCCCCCACCUUCUUCUGUAAUGCUUGUGACUUUUGUAAUGGCGGCACGAGAUUUAGUGGCAACUGUGUUCCUGGCAGGCCUUACAGAUCGCAGUAACUUAUCACAGGGCUGCUGGGAAGUGCAGUCCCUUUGCUUAAUGAGCUCUUUUGGAACCCGACUUAUUCCUUAGUUCAGUAUGUUAUCUCAGAUGACUCUAAGUCCAAAUAAAAGCUACUUUCUCAGCUUC